UUUGUUGUUUUCUGAGCUUUUUCUGGCGUUUGAACGCAUGGCGCCAAACGGAGAUUCAGCUGCGACACCAUCGUCGCCACCGCCAGCGCCGCACCAAGCGCCAGCAGCCCAGCAGCCAACAGCAACGCUAUGGGAGCAGCUCGUCCUGUCGCGGUUUGCAAAGGCAGACGUCAGACAGCCGUUCGAGUGGUCGAGUGUGCGCACUGGCGCAAUCGUCGGAGCGACGAGUGGCGCGAUUGUGGCGCUGGGCUUGACUGCAACGAGGCGAACCGACCGGCCGCUGAGCACGACGCUUCCCAAGCUGGCCGCGACAUGGGCAAUGCUGGGCGCUACUUUUGCAGGAUUUCGUGAACUUGUCUCGACAAACCCAAGCAACGGUCCAGUAACUUCGACAUUUAUCGCAUCUACCGCGAUCGGAAUCUUCCAUGCUGGUUUGCGAUGGACACCUUUGCCACCGGCGCAGGCACUCUCUCGCGUGGCGUUGGCUGCAACCAUUCCUGCGGCAAUACACUGGACCGCACUGGCGUCACAGAAGUGGCAGCACGAGUACACGCUGAAACAAAUUUACGAGCAAGAGUUGGAGCGACAGCGCGAAGCGGCCGGACUGCCAAAACCCGUGCCGUGGUACGACAAGCUCCAAGUGCGUACCUUGUCACCCGAUGAAAAGAUGGAGCGAUUGCUCGCAAAAGUCAAAGCGUACGAGGCGCGACUGAAGGCGGAGGAAGAGCGCAAAGAAGCCGCCGAGCGACAAGCCCAACAAAAGAAGCAAGAUCGAUAGCUGCCCUCUUCCCCCAAUAAAAACUCGUUGUACUA